GAGCGCUGGGGUGAGCGGAGCUGUGCGGUGCGCGUCCCGGUACAAAGAUGUGACACAAAAACCCCUUUAUCACCGCAGACGAAGGUUAUAGACGGCGGCGUUUUGAACGAGGUGUGCUAUGACCGGCGUGACUCAUGAGCAUCUUUGAGUUUUUCGACAUGGACGGAGGAGACUCGGCCGUUCUGGCCAUGAGGAGCCGAUUAAGCGGAGAUCCAGAGGCGGUGGGCGGAGUCUGUACGGAGAACGAAGACUCCUCCCUGUGUGGCAGCAACGCCUCGCGAGGGGAGGGGCCUGACGAUGAGCGUCUGGAGGAUGUGCUGUCUGAGAUUCGAGCGGAGGCGGGGCUUAAUCUGGAUCUGGGUGUGGGGGCGGAGCAUGAGGACAUUUUAGACCUGCAAGGGGAGGAGCUUAGCUGGGACACGAACCGACAGGACGAGAAUGAGUUAGAAGAUCAGAGUAACACAAGACACAGUACGGACAGUCCUGAAAGACACGCCCCCUCUACAGAUGUGAGUAAAGCGUCGUCUCUGUCAGCGCAGCUCCAGCGGGGCCGUGAGGAGGCGGGGCUUAACGUUGAGUGUCGGAUCUGUGGAGACAAAGCAUCAGGAUUUCACUACGGGGUUCAUGCCUGUGAGGGCUGUAAGGGUUUUUUCAGAAGGACCAUCCGUCUGAAGCUGGAAUACGAGAAAUGUAAACGCAGCUGUAAGAUCCAAAAGAAGAGUCGGAAUAAAUGUCAGUUCUGUCGUUUUCAGAAAUGCCUGAUGCUCGGAAUGUCCCACGACGCGAUCCGGUACGGACGGAUGCCCGAGGCAGAGAAGCGUAAGCUGGUUGCGGGUUUGUCAGCUGGAGAGAAGAGCUGUCAGAACUCGGGAGGUUCGGAUCUCAAAUCUCUGGCCAAACGGGUCAACAACGCCUACCUGAAGAACCUCAACAUGACCAAGAAGAAAGCCCGAAACAUCCUGACGGGAAAAACCAACAGCAGCCCGCCGUUCGUCAUUCACGACAUGGACUCGCUGUGGCAGGCGGAGAACGGGCUGGUCUGGAAUCAGGUGAUCAACGGAGCUCCGCCCAAUAUGGAGAUCGGCGUUCACGUCUUCUACCGCUGUCAGUGCACUACGGUGGAGACCGUCCGAGAACUCACAGAGUUCUCCAAAAGCAUCCCGGGAUUUGUCGACCUUUUCCUGAACGAUCAGGUGACGCUGUUGAAGUACGGAGUCCACGAGGCGAUCUUCGCCAUGUUGCCCUCGCUCAUGAAUAAAGACGGUCUGCUGGUGGCGAACGGGCGGGGCUUCGUCACCAGAGAGUUUCUCCGCAGUCUCCGCAAGCCCUUCAGCGAGAUCAUGGAGCCAAAGUUCGAGUUUGCUGUGAAGUUUAACGCUCUUGAGCUGGACGACAGCGAUCUCGCUCUGUUUGUAGCUGCUAUUAUCCUGUGUGGAGAUCGUCCAGGUCUGAUGAAUGUUUCUCAGGUGGAGCAGAUACAAGACAACAUCCUGCAAGCUCUGAAUCUUCACCUGCAGAUGAAUCAUCCGGACGCGAGCUUCAUCUUCCCCAGACUGCUGCAGAAACUGGCAGACCUGCGACAGAUGGUCACGGAGAACGCUCAGCUGGUGCAGAAGAUCAAGAAAACAGAAUCUGAGACGUCUCUUCAUCCUCUGCUGCAGGAGAUCUACAGGGACAUGUACUGAGAUGAUCUGAGACUGACCGAUCACUGUGAACUCUGGUGAAUAUUAUUUUUAUAAAACACUUGGAUUUCUACUACAGGACCAGAUGAUUUGUUACUGACUGAUUGAAGCUGAACUCUGAAGUGACAUCAUGACGUUCAACACACAAAGAAAUGCAAUGACAGACAAUGAAGACUAAGAUUGUUACUUUCAGGCAGUUCCUUCUACAAGACCAGCCUGUCACACCUCUUUCUCAUUUCUGUCUCAUAUCUGUCUAGCACCUAUUUCAAAUCAGCCUCCCGUUGAUCUCAUACCUACAUUACACCUCAUAUUCUUCUCUCAACUAUCUAAAUGUUAUUUUCUCAAACCUUUCAUGAAUGUAUUUAACCUGUUUUAACAACUGUCUCACAACUGUCUUAAACCUGUCCCAUUACCACGUCAUGAAUAUCUCAAACUUGUCUCAAAACUAACUGUCAAUCUCAUCUCAAAAUCACCUCAUUACUUUCAAAUAUGUCUCAUAAUGAUCUUAAACCUGUCUUACAACUGCCUCAUAACUGUUUCACAUGUGGCUCAUAUAUGUCUCGUAAGGAUCUUAAACCUGUCUCACAACUGCCUCAUUAUUGUCUCACAGCUGCCUCAUAUCUGUCUCACAACUGUCUCAUUUAAAUGUAUCGCAGUUGGCUCAUAAUAAUCUCAAACAUGUCUCACAACUGCCUCAUAACUGUUUCACAGUUGGCUCAAAUAUGUCUCAUAAUAAUCUCAAACCUGCCUCAGAACUGUCUCACAGUUGGCUCAAAUAUGUCUCAUAAUGAUCUUAUUUCCUGUCUCACAACUGCCUCAUAACUGUUUCACAGUUGGCUCAUAUAUGUCUCAUAAUAAUCUCAAAUCUGUCUCACAACAGCCUCAUAAUUGUCUCAGUCUUGUCUCACAUCUGCCUCAUAUCUUUCUCACAACUGCAUCAUAACUGUUUCACAGUUGGCUCAAAUAUGUCUCAUAAUAAUCUCAAACCUGCCUCACAGUUGGCUCAAAUAUGUCUCACAACUGCCUCAUAACUGUUUCACAGUUGGCUCAUAUAUGUCUCAUAAUAAUCUCAAAUCUGUCUCACAACCGCCUCAUAAUUGUCUCAGUCUUGUCUCACAGCUGCCUCAUAUCUUUCUCACAACUGCAUCAUAACUGUUUCACAGUUGGCUCAAAUAUGUCUCAUAAUAAUCUCAAACCUGCCUCACAACUGCCUCAUAACUGUUUCACAGUUGGCUCAUAUAUGUCUCAUAAUAAUCUCAAACCUGCCUCACAACUGCCUCAUAACUGUUUCACAGUUGGCUCAUAUAUGUCUCAUAAUAAUGUCAAAUCUGCCUCACCAACUGCCUCAUAUAACUGUUUCACAGUUGGCUCAUAUAUGUAUCAGUCUUGAGUCACAACUGCCUCAUACGUGUCUCAUAACUGCCUCAAACUUGUCUCAAAACAACCUCAUUACAGACUCAUAACUGCCUCUCAUAGCUGUUAGCACCAAGAUGAAAUAUUCUCCAAUGUAAUUAAAGUGUAUUGGUGCUAAUGCAACCACAGCUGUUUUCUGAGCAGCCUUAAACAUGAAACCUAGAAGAUCGUGGGCCCAUCAUUCCUGAUGCUCAGUGAUCUGAGUGUUCUGCUGUUUCUGUGUUUGUUUUGGGUGGGUUUGUAAAUGUUUGUAUAGAGAUCAAAGAUUCUUUAGUGUUACUUUGUUCUGUUAUUAAAACCAACUGCGAGCUGAUACUCUGCACCACGAGCUGCUGAUGUCUUCUACACAUCUGUACAGAAUAAAACUCAUGUGGAUUGUGUGGUCUGGAGUGUUGUUAUGAAGGUGUUUGGAGUGUUAUUGAGGGUCAGUCGUGAUGUUCAGUAAACUUCUAUCCGGUCCGCUGUGUGAGUUUCCUCAGCUGAAGGUUGAGACUCGGCUGAAUUAUUUCCUCUUUGUUGGGCGGGUCAUUGAACACAUGACAAACAGAACAUUCAUCAGGGUCAAAGGUCACAGAAACACACGCACACACACACACACACACACACACACAGAUGUAAUGAU